AUGCCCGGCUCCAUGUUAGAUCUGCAAGAUACGAUUGGCUUCGCGUUGAUUGGCGCCAUACUUGCAUCGACGAUGCAUUUUUCUAUCUUAUUCAAGUUCAUGGUAACCCCCUCUAUCUUGCUGAAGUACCGAGGUCGUUCGGGGCAUGUGUUUCCUGUCUUCUCAAUAAAGCCCACACUAACAGCAAUACAGGCCUGGGUCGUUCUCUCCUCGGUCACGACGAUUGCCAGGGUAGGCCUGCCCGCACUCAAACGCUCCGUUACACUUUCUCAUGUCGAUGCACAACAGCCUCAGUACACGACAUGUAAGAAAAUAUCUAGAAGCGCGGACAAACUUCUGAACAUCGAACUGUAUCGCAGAUACAACACGGACACGAUCGGAGCGGCACUAGCUGGCGUCAUAAACCGAAUCAUUGCUUUCGAGACUUAUCACUUACGCUGCGUCGCGUGGCCUUACACUAUGCGUUCCAGGAAUCUGGACUACAAGAUGUGCAGGAUUCACACAAUCAGGAGUGUGCGUGAAGAAAUUAUCGAACGCGCGUUGCGCAUGCUGUCUUAUGAGGUUGUCGAUGCAUCUUCUGGUAUAAGGCCUUCUAAAGCAGGGAUUGGGCAUUCUGAUGUGUCCCGCUGUGUUGACCCAUUGGGCCUCGUGACAUACUGCAGGAAGACCAACGACUUGCUACGGCGGCACAGCCUCCGUGAUCAGAUCAAUGCGCUCACCGUCACCGUCACUAGUACUGUCGCUUCGCGGCGGAUGUCUGUCAUCAUCAAUAUUGAUGACAGCCCCUCAGUGCACGACUCUGGCGAUACCCUUAUUCUUCGACCUGCUGGCGGCCACAUAGACAGCCCUCUCCCUGCUUCGUUCGGCCACACUCUCCUUCGUCGCCCGAAUCGGCUCUCAAAAUUUCCCUGGUCGGCGUGCGAUCUCUGCGUCCGUAUGGUACAUUCUGCGCACCGAGGUUCCCGGAGAACCAUCUGCAUCCUCCUCCUGCUGGUCCGAUUCUCUCUUGCCACGCUCACGAACCGGACCAUCGAUGAUUCCAACGGGGACUCGGUAACGGGGCUUCAGCCGGUCUUUGCACCCGCAUCUGGCGCAUGGCACACGGGGCAGACUUGCCCAAGUUGCUUGGUACAGCCAGAUGAGAAUCAAGUCUUCGAUCACACAUGGCACGGUGUCACCGCAUCACCUCCAGAUCCUUCACCUAGAAAUGUCACUCUCACAUUCAGUGGCACAGCGUUAUGGGUGUUCUGCGUGAUCCCGAACUACGUCGAGUGGGCGACAACCUUCGCGAACCUCAGCUUUGAACUGGAUGGACAGCCUGUGGGAACAUACUCGCACAUUCCUAGUCAAUCUGAAGCACUGCAAUACAAUGUCUCUGUCUACAGCAACACCGCGCUAGAGAACGCGGAGCACGAAUUCGUUAUGACUGCCCGCCGUGACGUCAAUGCGUCAUUUCUGGCUUUCGACUGGGCCAUGUAUACAUAUGACUCUGAUAUCGUCAAGACUUCGCAGAGCUCCUCGGCAACAACAAGUACCACAAGUACCGCCUCCGCGACCACCUCUCCCUCACCAACCGCGAUCACUUCAGCCGCAUCGAAUCCGCCUGUAGGCGCCAUUGUAGGCGGCGUAGUCGGCGGUGUCGGCGCGCUCCUUAUUAUUCUUGUUGCCUUCCUCUUCUGGCGUUGCCGCCGCCACAGAAUCAGGAGCGCGCACGUUCAUCAAGCGCUAGAUGACGGACAGGAGCAUAAAAGCGAGUCGGGAUCCACCGAAUCGAACUCAGGGCGCCUCACGCCCACGCAGUACAUGUUGCGCGCCGCGCCUGCCGAGCUCCCGUCCUCCAUCUCCACGGCCGCCUCCCCAUCCGAUACGGCAUACCCCGGGGCCACGGACACGGGCACGCUCGGCAGUUCGGCGAUGCUCUCGUCGCCCGCGUUGGGAGCAGCCGCCGUCGCCACCGGCCCAGGCGGACGUAGGCGCACCAAGGCGGCACAGCGGCGCGAGGAGCUCUCGCGCCAGAUGCGCGACAUCGAGGCCCACGUUGCGGACCUGCGGCGGCGGCAGACGCAGCAGACCGCGCAUCCACAUGCUGCUGUGGCCAGGCGGCAUGAGGGCAGCGGGAACGUGGCGCCUGUGCCGUACGACGACUCGGACCUGCGGCGGCAGAUCGAGGCGCUGCAGCUGGAGGUGGAGCGACUGAGGCUGGAGUCGGCGAGCGCGCACGAAGCACCGCCGCCCGCGUACGAAGAAGAGCCCGCAUGGGAUGAGCAUGGGGAGCCAUGA